AGUGGAGCUGCUCCGAAACCUCAGCUCCACAUCCCCACCUCCAGCUCCGCUCCGGCUCAGGAGCUCAGCUCAGAAACCUGGCAAGCUCCACUCCGACUGCAGCACCCAGCCCCCUGCUUCCAAACACUGGAGCCGCGCACACACUGUCCCGGAUGCUGAAACUCAAACCGGGACGAGCAGCCACAGACUUCCCCUGCAAUUCCAGAGACGAGGCUGCGCUGUGACAAAGGCGCUCUGAUCUGCACAUUCAAACCCACAAACAUCCUGUCACUGAGUGCUUGUCAUAGUCUUCCUGUAAACCGUGUCGCAGCAUCUUUAACUGGAGAAGGACACUACAUGACCGUUAUUUUAAAGAGAUGGCUACUGCAGGGUUAGACCCGGACGCCGGGCGGGGAAUCAUGGCUGCAGAACAAGAGGCUGAAGAAACUGUUUCUCAAGAGCUGCACAGCCCCUCUGAGCUGAGGAUCGUGCUGCUUGGGAGAGGCUAUGCUGGGAAGAGUGCAUCAGGAAACACCAUCCUGGACAGAGAGGGGGGUAGAUCUGGAUUGAGCUCCUCUGCAGGAACAAAGGAGUGUGAGAAGGGAACAGGAGAAGUGUCUGGGAGACAGGUCACUGUGGUCGACACUCCAGCCAUCUCAGACACAGCCCGGGUUGAGAUUGAGAGAUGUGUUUCUCUGUCUGCCCCGGGACCCCACGCUUUCCUCCUGGUGAUACCCGUGUAUCCAAAAGAAAUGAUUGACACUGACCGUGAGUCUAUAGUAGAAGAGUAUUGCGAAUCCUUUGAUAAAGUGCAGGAGCUGUUUGGUGAGAGAGCUGUGAGGAACACAAUGAUCCUUUUCACCUACAGGGAUCGUCUGAGAGGCAGGACGAUUGAGCAGCACAUUGAGGAAGCUGGUGAGCAGUUCCAGCAGCUUGUAGAGAAAUGUGGGAACAGGUAUCAUGUUCUCAACAAUGAGGACAGGAGCGAUCGCACUCAGGUCACACAGCUCCUGGACAAGAUAGACAACAUGGUGAAGGGAAGUGGAGGCAGCUACACCAUGGAGAUGUACCUGGAGGAGAAACUUAGACAAAAGGAACAGGAGUUGAAUGAGAAACACAAAGAGGAGCUGAACAGGAAAGAAGAGAUGAAACAGAAAUAUGAAGAGGAACAGAGGAGGAGAGAAGAGGAGAUGAAACACAAAUAUGAGGAGGAACAGAAGAGGAGAGAAGAGAUGAAACAGAAAUAUGAGGAGGAACAAAGGAGGAUAGAAGAGGAAAUGAAACAGAAAUAUGAGGAGGAACAGAGGAAGAGAGAAGAGAUGAAACAGAAAUAUGAGAAGGAACAGAGGAGGAGAGAAGAGGAGAUGAAACAGAAACAUGAGGAUGAACAGAGUAGGAGAAAAGAGGAGAUGAAACAGAAAUAUGAGGAGGAACAGAGGAGGAGAGAAGAGAUGAAACACAAAUAUGAGGAGGAACAGAGGAGGAGAGAAGAGGAGAUGAAACAGAAAUAUGAGGAGGAACAGAGGAGGAGAGAAGAGGAGAUGAAACAGAAAUAUGAGGAGGAACAGAGGAGGAGAGAAGAGGAGAUGAAACAGAAAUAUAAGGAGGAACAGAGUAAUAGAGAAGAGGAGAUGAAACAGAAAUAUGAGGAGGAACAGAGGAGAGAAGAGAUGAAACAGAAAUAUGAAGAGGAACAGAGGAGAGAAGAGAUGAAACAGAAAUAUAAGGAGGAACAGAGGAGAGAAGAGGAGAUGAAGGAGAAUUUCAGGAAGCAAAUGAAGGAAGAGGAGCUGGAGAAAGAGGCAGAGGAAUCCAAGCUGCCUGUCAGGAGAAUACACAGCAUUGAUGGAGAGCGUCCCAACUUGUCUGGAGGUGAAGGAGAGGCUCCCCUUGCAGAUACCCAAGCGCCUCCCAGCCCCCCUGAGCUGAGGAUGGUGCUGCUUGGGAAGACUGGGGCUGGGAAGAGUGCAGCAGGAAACACCAUCCUGGGCAGAGAGGAGUUCAGAUCUGAAGCCAGCUCCUCUGCAGUAAUGAGGGAGUGUGAGAAGAGAAAAGGACAAGUGGCUGGGAGACGUGUUGCUGUGAUCGACACUCCAGAGCUCUCUCAGGACAAACUCCAGAUUAGGAGCUGUGUUUCUCUGUCUGCCCCGGGACCCCACGCUUUCCUCCUGGUGAUACCGGUGGGCCGAUUCACAGAGGAAGAGAGGAGAGCAGUGGAGACAGUCCAGGAGAUAUUCAGUGAGGAGGCUGUGAGGAGGUACAUGAUGCUCCUUUUCACACACAGUGACAAACUGAAAGGCAAGACCAUUGAGGAUUAUAUUCAGACAGGCAGCAAGGAGCUCCAGCAGCUUGUUGAGAAAUGUGGGAACAGGUAUCAUGUUCUCAACACUGAGGACAGGAGCGAUCGCACUCAGGUCACACAGCUCCUGGACAAGAUAGACAACAUGGUGAAGGGAAACAACGGCAGCUACUACACCAGUGAGAUGUACCAGCAAGCAGAAGCAAAGAUCAGACAAAGACAAGAGGAGAUACUGAAGGAGAAGGAAGAGACGAUAUUGAGGGAGGAAGAGGAACUGAGGGCAAAGCACCAGAAAGAACUGGAGAACACGAAAAGGAAGAUGAGAUUGGAAAUCCAGAAACGAGAUGAGAAGAUCAGAGAGCUAGAGGAGAGGAUAAGAGAGCUGGAGGAAGAGCUGAGGAAAGAACAGGGAGAGAAUCACAGGAUCAAACUGGAGGAAGAGCUGAGGAGAAAGAGAGAGGAGAGAGAAAGGGCGGAGCGAGAGAAGGAGGACUGCAUGGAGAAGGGGGAGAGAGAGAGGGGAGAGUACGAGGAGAAACACAGGAGAGAGAUAGAGGCAGUCAGGCAGCACUACCAGGAAAUCCUUAGACGAGAAGCAGAGAGAGCCAAUGAGUUUAUAAGCACAUAUGAAAAGCCAGCUGAAGCGAGAGGAGAAAGGGCAGCACUAGGGGCAGUGGUGAGUACAGUAGCAGGAGCACUGAGAGAAGGGGCUGAGGUAGGGGCAGUAUUACACACAGUAUCCAGAGCAAUAAGAGAAGAGACAGCGCUAGGGGCAGUAAUGCACGCUGCAAAGGAAGCAGUAAGAGAAGGAGCAGCUCAAAGGGCAGUGAUCAGUGCAGUAGCAGCAGCACUGAGAGAAGGGGCUGCGAUCGGGACAGUACUGCACACAGUAGCAGAAGCAAUAGAGGCAGCACCACAGGAACCCAGUCAAGAGCAGUGAGACAGGGGGUGGGGCUAUUG